AGCUUUCUUCUUCAAUUGCGUCUGGUUUACCCACCUUUUCUUGCUCGUCCUGUCUCAGAGAUUGAAUGAAUUUGGAGAGGGAAGCAAAAAAGGGUAUUGGAUUUGCAUUUGACUGAAUCUCAUCCAUCCCCCACACGGCGAAGGUCCACUUCCACUUCUACUGCUUGUUCUUGCAGCUCCCACGCUUCGUUUACAGCAUUUUGGGGCUCUUCUUUUGGGUCUCAUUGUUCUUUUCUCUCCCUCUCUGUCUCUCUGAAAGCAAAAAUACGCUAUUCUUCAAUGAUCUUCUAAACCCAUUUUCCCAAAUCUUCUGUGCCCUCUUGCAAUGGCCGCUUCUGGGGGUACUAGUUAUAGAAAUGGCGCCAAUUCCAGAAACUCUCUUAAGUUCGAUAAGCCCUUUUCUCCUAAUUCCAACCCCAAUUCUUCUCUUAAGUCAAAGUCUCUUCCCAAUUCUACUCUGGGACGCAGUAGCCCUGCAUCUCUUGGAGCUGCCAAGAAUGACGGUGGAGUUCCUGGAAGAGUUCGAGUGGCUGUUAGAUUGCGACCACGCAAUUCAGAAGAAUUGAUAGCCGAUGCUGAUUUUGCUGAUUGCGUAGAAUUACAGCCAGAGCUUAAAAGGUUGAAACUCCUGAAGAACAACUGGGAUUCAGAUACGUAUGAGUUUGAUGAAGUGCUAACUGAGUUUGCUUCUCAAAAACGUGUUUAUGAAGCCGUGGUGAAACCUGUUGUGGAGAGUGUAUUGGAUGGCUACAAUGGAACAAUUAUGGCAUAUGGACAGACUGGUACUGGUAAAACGUAUACUCUUGGACGACUUGGAGAGGAAGACACGGCUGAUCGUGGAAUAAUGGUGCGUGCUAUGGAGGACAUCUUGGCUGAAGUUUCUUUGGAGAUGGAUUCUGUCUCGGUAUCCUACCUGCAGCUUUAUAUGGAGAGCAUACAGGACCUUCUUGACCCUGCAAAUGAUAACAUUUCCAUUGUUGAAGAUCCUAAAACGGGAGAUGUUUCGUUACCUGGGGCUAGCCUUGUAGAAAUUAGACACCAGGAGAGCUUUGUGGAACUACUAAGAUUGGGGGAAGCUCAUCGUUUUGCUGCGAAUACGAAACUAAACACCGAAUCUUCUCGUAGUCAUGCAAUUCUCAUGGUACAUGUAAAGCGGUCUUUGAAGGGAAGGGAUUCAACUCUGGGAAGUGAUAUUGGUGGGCAUUCUCAUUUGGUUAAGACCUUGAAAGCUCCUAUUGUUCGGAAGGGAAAGUUAGUGGUGGUGGAUCUUGCUGGUUCUGAGCGCAUUGACAAGUCAGGAAGUGAAGGACAUACACUUGAAGAAGCCAAAUCCAUAAAUCUCUCCCUGAGUGCAUUAGGGAAAUGCAUAAAUGCACUAGCUGAGAAUAGUGCACACGUUCCAGUCAGGGAUUCAAAGCUUACAAGAUUACUCCGGGAUUCAUUUGGUGGAACAGCUAGAACUUCACUGGUUAUUACUAUUGGUCCUUCACCUCGCCAUCGUGGAGAGACUACAAGCACAAUAAUGUUUGGCCAACGGGCUAUGAAGGUGGAAAAUAUGGUGAAGAUAAAAGAAGAAUUUGAUUAUAAAAGUUUAUCGAGAAGAUUAGACAUUCAAUUAGACAAACUGAUAGCCGAACAUGAAAGACAGAAGAAAUCAUUUGAGAUGGAAAUUGAAAGAAUUACCAAAGAAGCAGAGGAUCGCAUAUCUGAAGCUGAAAGAAGUCAUUCGAAUGCACUGGAGGGUUCGGUUGAGUGUGCCGAUAAGGAAGUUGAGGAGCUAAAGAAUUUGGUUAAAAGGGAAACGCUUUUGAGGAAGGCAGCUGAAGAGGAAGUUGACAAUCUUAGAACUCAAGUAGCCCAACUGAAGAGAUCAGAGACAUCUUGCAAUUUAGAAAUCUCUAGGCUUUGCAAGUCUCUGGAAGAUGAGCAAAAUAAGAAAAAGAAACUAGAAGGAGAUAUAGCUGUUCUACAAACCCAGUUGUUGCAAUUGAGCUUUGAAGCUGAUGAGACCAGUAGGCGACUGGACAGAGGUGAGCCUGGGAAAGUCCUCGGUUCUAUAGAUUCUCAAGUGCAACAAGUUAAGCACUCACUGGCUCAGGAGCCUGGAAAUGGGGAGAAAGCUUCAGUUGCCAAACUCUUUGAGCAAGUGGGACUGCAGAAGAUCUUGUCGUUGCUGGAAGCUGAAGAUUAUGACGUCAGAAUUCAUGCUGUGAAAGUGGUUGCAAAUCUAGCAGCUGAAGAAACAAAUCAGCAAAAGAUUGUAGAGGCUGGCGGCCUUUCAUCCUUGCUGAUGCUACUCAGAAACACAGAGGAUGAGACGAUACACAGAGUUGCUGCUGGGGCAAUUGCAAAUCUGGCAAUGAAUGAGACCAACCAAGAGCUUAUUAUGUCCCAAGGGGGCAUUAGCUUACUGUCCAUGACGGCUGCCAACGCUGAGGAUUCCCAAACCCUUCGUAUGGUUGCCGGAGCAAUCGCCAAUUUGUGCGGCAAUGAUAAGUUACAGAAGAAGUUAAGGGGCGAAGGUGGCAUCAAGGCAUUGCUUGGUAUGGUAAGAUGCAGACAUCCUGAUGUUCUUGCACAAGUUGCCAGAGGAAUUGCGAAUUUCGCAAAGUGCGAGUCGAGGGCCUCUAUACAAGGGAGCAAGGCUGGAAAGUCUUUCUUGAUUGAAGAUGGAGCACUCCCAUGGAUUGUACAGAAUGCCAACAAUGAAGCAUCGACGAUCAAACGACAUAUUGAACUGGCACUCUGUCAUUUAGCACAACAUGAAGUGAACGCAAGGGACAUGAUGAAUGGAGGUGCAGUGUGGGAACUGGUUCGGAUAUCGCGGGACUGCUCACGGGAAGACAUAAGGAGUCUUGCGCAUCGAACGUUAAUAUCCAGCCCCACAUUUCAAGCUGAAAUGAGACGACUACGAAUAGAUUAUUGA